AUGUUCGAUAAGCUCAUCUUUGUAAGCUUGGCCCUGCAAUUAGCUUGGGCGUCGCAAACAGCAAGUAGAGCAAAGGCAAGCCCAGCCUCGUGCAACCCCCAGAGCCCGGACGCGACAAGCUGCGCCCCUGACAGCUGCAACGUGGUGAUUGAGGGCCAGACCUUCUGUUCCAAAUGCACGGGAGGCAAGGUCCCGGUGAACGGAGAGUGCAAGGCGAAGGGGGACGCGCCCCUGUGCACGGCCGGUGCGAACGCCCAGGAAGGAACCUGCACGGCCUGCACGGGCGCGCAGAGGCUCUACAUGGGCGGAUGCUACGAUAAGUGCCCGUACGGCAACGGGGCGGACGCGAACACCUGUGCGGACGCGCCUGCUGGCCCAGCCUCGUGCAACCCCCAGAGCCCGGACGCGACAAGCUGCGCCCCUGACAGCUGCAACGUGGUGAUUGAGGGCCAGACCUUCUGUUCCAAAUGCACGGGAGGCAAGGUCCCGGUGAACGGAGAGUGCAAGGCGAAGGGGGACGCGCCCCUGUGCACGGCCGGUGCGAACGCCCAGGAAGGAACCUGCACGGCCUGCACGGGCGCGCAGAGGCUCUACAUGGGCGGAUGCUACGAUAAGUGCCCGUACGGCAACGGGGCGGACGCGAACACCUGUGCGGACGCGCCUGCUGGCCCAGCCUCGUGCAACCCCCAGAGCCCGGACGCGACAAGCUGCGCCCCUGACAGCUGCAACGUGGUGAUUGAGGGCCAGACCUUCUGUUCCAAAUGCACGGGAGGCAAGGUCCCGGUGAACGGAGAGUGCAAGGCGAAGGGGGACGCGCCCCUGUGCACGGCCGGUGCGAACGCCCAGGAAGGAACCUGCACGGCCUGCACGGGCGCGCAGAGGCUCUACAUGGGCGGAUGCUACGAUAAGUGCCCGUACGGCAACGGGGCGGACGCGAACACCUGUGCGGACGCGCCUGCUGGCCCAGCCUCGUGCAACCCCCAGAGCCCGGACGCGACAAGCUGCGCCCCUGACAGCUGCAACGUGGUGAUUGAGGGCCAGACCUUCUGUUCCAAAUGCACGGGAGGCAAGGUCCCGGUGAACGGAGAGUGCAAGGCGAAGGGGGACGCGCCCCUGUGCACGGCCGGUGCGAACGCCCAGGAAGGAACCUGCACGGCCUGCACGGGCGCGCAGAGGCUCUACAUGGGCGGAUGCUACGAUAAGUGCCCGUACGGCAACGGGGCGGACGCGAACACCUGUGCGGACGCGCCUGCUGGCCCAGCCUCGUGCAACCCCCAGAGCCCGGACGCGACAAGCUGCGCCCCUGACAGCUGCAACGUGGUGAUUGAGGGCCAGACCUUCUGUUCCAAAUGCACGGGAGGCAAGGUCCCGGUGAACGGAGAGUGCAAGGCGAAGGGGGACGCGCCCCUGUGCACGGCCGGUGCGAACGCCCAGGAAGGAACCUGCACGGCCUGCACGGGCGCGCAGAGGCUCUACAUGGGCGGAUGCUACGAUAAGUGCCCGUACGGCAACGGGGCGGACGCGAACACCUGUGCGGACGCGCCUGCUGGCCCAGCCUCGUGCAACCCCCAGAGCCCGGACGCGACAAGCUGCGCCCCUGACAGCUGCAACGUGGUGAUUGAGGGCCAGACCUUCUGUUCCAAAUGCACGGGAGGCAAGGUCCCGGUGAACGGAGAGUGCAAGGCGAAGGGGGACGCGCCCCUGUGCACGGCCGGUGCGAACGCCCAGGAAGGAACCUGCACGGCCUGCACGGGCGCGCAGAGGCUCUACAUGGGCGGAUGCUACGAUAAGUGCCCGUACGGCAACGGGGCGGACGCGAACACCUGUGCGGACGCGCCUGCUGGCCCAGCCUCGUGCAACCCCCAGAGCCCGGACGCGACAAGCUGCGCCCCUGACAGCUGCAACGUGGUGAUUGAGGGCCAGACCUUCUGUUCCAAAUGCACGGGAGGCAAGGUCCCGGUGAACGGAGAGUGCAAGGCGAAGGGGGACGCGCCCCUGUGCACGGCCGGUGCGAACGCCCAGGAAGGAACCUGCACGGCCUGCACGGGCGCGCAGAGGCUCUACAUGGGCGGAUGCUACGAUAAGUGCCCGUACGGCAACGGGGCGGACGCGAACACCUGUGCGGACGCGCCUGCUGGCCCAGCCUCGUGCAACCCCCAGAGCCCGGACGCGACAAGCUGCGCCCCUGACAGCUGCAACGUGGUGAUUGAGGGCCAGACCUUCUGUUCCAAAUGCACGGGAGGCAAGGUCCCGGUGAACGGAGAGUGCAAGGCGAAGGGGGACGCGCCCCUGUGCACGGCCGGUGCGAACGCCCAGGAAGGAACCUGCACGGCCUGCACGGGCGCGCAGAGGCUCUACAUGGGCGGAUGCUACGAUAAGUGCCCGUACGGCAACGGGGCGGACGCGAACACCUGUGCGGACGCGCCUGCUGGCCCAGCCUCGUGCAACCCCCAGAGCCCGGACGCGACAAGCUGCGCCCCUGACAGCUGCAACGUGGUGAUUGAGGGCCAGACCUUCUGUUCCAAAUGCACGGGAGGCAAGGUCCCGGUGAACGGAGAGUGCAAGGCGAAGGGGGACGCGCCCCUGUGCACGGCCGGUGCGAACGCCCAGGAAGGAACCUGCACGGCCUGCACGGGCGCGCAGAGGCUCUACAUGGGCGGAUGCUACGAUAAGUGCCCGUACGGCAACGGGGCGGACGCGAACACCUGUGCGGACGCGCCUGCUGGCCCAGCCUCGUGCAACCCCCAGAGCCCGGACGCGACAAGCUGCGCCCCUGACAGCUGCAACGUGGUGAUUGAGGGCCAGACCUUCUGUUCCAAAUGCACGGGAGGCAAGGUCCCGGUGAACGGAGAGUGCAAGGCGAAGGGGGACGCGCCCCUGUGCACGGCCGGUGCGAACGCCCAGGAAGGAACCUGCACGGCCUGCACGGGCGCGCAGAGGCUCUACAUGGGCGGAUGCUACGAUAAGUGCCCGUACGGCAACGGGGCGGACGCGAACACCUGUGCGGACGCGCCUGCUGGCCCAGCCUCGUGCAACCCCCAGAGCCCGGACGCGACAAGCUGCGCCCCUGACAGCUGCAACGUGGUGAUUGAGGGCCAGACCUUCUGUUCCAAAUGCACGGGAGGCAAGGUCCCGGUGAACGGAGAGUGCAAGGCGAAGGGGGACGCGCCCCUGUGCACGGCCGGUGCGAACGCCCAGGAAGGAACCUGCACGGCCUGCACGGGCGCGCAGAGGCUCUACAUGGGCGGAUGCUACGAUAAGUGCCCGUACGGCAACGGGGCGGACGCGAACACCUGUGCGGACGCGCCUGCUGGCCCAGCCUCGUGCAACCCCCAGAGCCCGGACGCGACAAGCUGCGCCCCUGACAGCUGCAACGUGGUGAUUGAGGGCCAGACCUUCUGUUCCAAAUGCACGGGAGGCAAGGUCCCGGUGAACGGAGAGUGCAAGGCGAAGGGGGACGCGCCCCUGUGCACGGCCGGUGCGAACGCCCAGGAAGGAACCUGCACGGCCUGCACGGGCGCGCAGAGGCUCUACAUGGGCGGAUGCUACGAUAAGUGCCCGUACGGCAACGGGGCGGACACGAACACCUGUGCGGACGCGCCUGCUGGCCCAGCCUCGUGCAACCCCCAGAGCCCGGACGCGACAAGCUGCGCCCCUGACAGCUGCAACGUGGUGAUUGAGGGCCAGACCUUCUGUUCCAAAUGCACGGGAGGCAAGGUCCCGGUGAACGGAGAGUGCAAGGCGAAGGGGGACGCGCCCCUGUGCACGGCCGGUGCGAACGCCCAGGAAGGAACCUGCGCGGCCUGCACGGGCGCGCAGAGGCUCUACAUGGGCGGAUGCUACGAUAAGUGCCCGUACGGCAACGGGGCGGACGCGAACACCUGUGCGGACGCGCCUGCUGGCUGCAAUACUCCCAACUGCAAGGCCUGCGAUAACCCGAAGACCGACAACGAGGUCUGCACUGAAUGUAAUGACGGCAACUACCUCACCCCAACCAGUCAAUGCGUAUCUGACUGCACGACCCUCAAGGGCUACUACGGAGACGAUAGUGGCAAAAAGACCUGCAAGAAGUGCAACGACGCGUGCGCAGAGUGCAAGGGUGCUGAUGCUAAUCAGUGCACAGCCUGUCCGGCUGGGAAGAUGCUUCAGUAUACAGAUGAGAACAGUCCAUCAAGUGGUACUUGCGUGGACGGGUGCAAGCCCCAGAGUGGAGCUAGCGGAUGCGAGAUCUGCGGAGCCACCAUCGGAGGGACAAAGUAUUGCUCGAAGUGCAGCACAUCCACGGAGGUCCCCGUCAACGGAGUUUGCAAGGCAGACAAUGCCCGCGCGCCCGUAUGCUCGAAAAAGGACAAUCAGGGAGGCUGCGCUACGUGUGCCAGUGGGUACUUCCGUCAGGACAACGGCUGCUAUAAGACUGACAGACAACCUGGCAUACAGAUAUGCACGCUAGCCAGUAGCGCUGGUAAGUGUGAAACGUGCGCCAAUAGUCUUCAGCCCAAUGAUGGAGCAUGCCCUUCGUGUCACUCGACCUGCAAGACAUGUUCAGCUGCAGAUAGCUCUGAUAAGUGUACGUCAUGCGCAGCUGGGUACUAUAUGGUCGGAUCAGCAGCUGGACCAUGCACUUCGUGUGACAGCAACAGUGGAAGUGUCAAGGGAGUUGCUGGCUGCUUAAACUGCGCUCCUCCAUCGUCUAGUACUGGCUCCGUUCUCUGCUACCUCAUGAACGGUGACAGUGCCGGCGGAAGCACGAACAAGAGCGGCCUUUCCACUGGUGCCAUCGCGGGUAUCUCCGUCGCCGUGAUCGUUGUCGUCGGAGGGCUUGUCGGCUUCCUCUGCUGGUGGUUCCUCUGUAGAGGCAAAGCGUAG